UUCCAAUAGAUGAGCUGGCCACAUGAAAUACAUGUGAACUAAUUGAAUGAUCAUUGUUCCACAUUACCAAUCAUUUUCGUUUUAGGAUUCUCCAUUUUAGCGCUGCUAACGCAUUGGAGGCAGUUCAGAAAGAAUCUUCUUCCGUGUCAAAGCUUCCUGCGUUUGGCUGCGCAUCACAGAUGGAGGGAGGAGGGAUCAUACAUAGAACGGUUGAGGUGAACGGAAUAAAGAUGCAUGUAGCAGAGAAGGGAGAGGGGCCGGUGGUUCUCUUCCUCCACGGUUUCCCGGAGCUCUGGUACUCCUGGCGCCACCAGAUCCUCUCCCUCGCCGCCCGCGGUUACCGAGCCGUAGCCCCCGACCUCCGUGGCUAUGGCGACACCGAAGCUCCGCCAGACAUCGCAGCCUACUCCAUCUUCCACAUCGUCGGCGAUAUCGUCGCCCUUAUCGACUCUCUCGGCGAAGGCCAGGUGUUCGUGGUGGGGCAUGAUUGGGGAGCGCAGGUGGCUUGGAAUCUCUGCGCUUUCCGGCCGGAUAAGGUUAAGGCUCUCGUGAACCUUAGCGCGCCGUUCAUGGAGCGGAAUCCGGAUGUGAAGCCGGUGGAUGGCCUCCGUGCGGGAUUCGGUGAAGAUCUGUACAUUUCUAGAUUUCAGGAGCCUGGCAAAGUUGAAACACACUUUGCCCGAAUCGACACACUAUUACUCAUGAAGAUUUUGCUGACUUCCUUUAGUCCAAAGCCUUUGCUUAUAGCGGAUAAUGGAUCUUUGGGACGAAAUAGUGAAGAAAUCAGGUUGCCAUCUUGGCUUUCUGAACAUGAUAUCGACUAUUUUGCAAGCAAAUUUAGUAAGACGGGUUUUACAGGUGGAAUCAACUAUUACCGUAACUUAAACAGGAACUGGGAACUGCUUGCACCUUGGACUGGGAUUCAGAUUACAGUGCCCACAAAGUUCAUUACAGGGGAUGAAGAUUUGACCUACCAUAUGGCAGCAAUGAAGGACUACAUUGAAAAAGGAGGGUUUAAGAGAGGUGUUCCGUUGCUGGAGGAUGUUAUUAUUAUGAAAGGAAUUGGGCAUUUCAUUAACCAGGAAAAGCCGGAAGAGAUAUCUGAACACAUUUAUAAUUUCUUCAAGAAAUUUUGAUGGUUCUGAUCAGUGAUUUUUUGAUGAGCUUUUGAUGUUUUCUGAAGAUGAUGUGCUCACUAAUGGUUUUCUGAUCAAAACUGAUUAGUGAUUUAAGGUGUUUUAAGUUUGUAA